UUUGAAAAAAUAGCAAAUCGAAGUUGCUAAAACUAAUGAUAAUCUGAAUUAACAAAAGGGAGAGCAAUCCUGAAUGACCUUAUGUUUACGAGAAUAAGAAAUGCGUGGGAAGUGGCCUGCUGCAACAAUCUUCGCCCAAACAUCACAACCUGUAAAAGGAAAUUUCAUCUACAGUUGGUUCCAAUCCUGAAAAUCUCACUCCAAAAAAAUUAAUUAUCGAUUUUUUUUUUUUUUUGUGCCCCGCAAAGCAGUGAUUUUGGGUAAUGAGUUUUUCUCCCUAAACACCUCAUAGUCAUGGUGAUGACUGGGAAAUAAGAAAUUAAUCAAAGCAGAUCUCGACUAUAGGGUUUUAGGAAGAGGAAAAUUAGGGUUUUUUCGCGCAGGAAGAUGGAUAGCUCCAGCUUGGAUCAAACUCUGCAAGAGGGCAAGCUCUUCAGACAGGUCAAUUCGCUAAUUGUAGCGCAUCUUCGAGACAACAAUCUGACUCAGGCUGCAAGUGCUGUUGCUUCGGCUACUAUGACACCGCUCAAUGUGGAAGCCCUGCCGAACAAACUUCUUGAGUUGGUUGCUAAGGGUCUUGCAGCGGAAAAAUUCGAGACGUUAAGAGAGACUACGUCAGAUUCAUUUUAUGAUUUGGGUGCGGCAGUUUCUGUUCCCCUCGCUCGCGCAGCUGCUGUUGAUUUCAGUGUGCAAGACUGGAAAGGCUCAUCGAAGAGCUUUCCUAAGCAUGAGACACGACACCUUUCAGAACAUAAGAAUAUUGCUAGAUGUGCUAGGUUUAGUCCUGAUGGGAGGUUUGUUGCCACAGGAAGUGCAGAUACAUCAAUAAAGCUAUUUGAGGUUGCAAAGAUUAAGCAAAUGCUACUCCCGGAUGCCAAAGAUGGACCUGUUCGACCUGUCAUACGAACAUUUUAUGAUCAUACACAACCAAUAAAUGAUCUGGAUUUUCAUCCGCAAGGUUCCAUCCUUAUUUCUGGGGCUAAAGACCAGACAAUAAAGUUUUUUGAUAUCUCAAAAACUAAUGCAAAGAGAGCAUACAGGGUUAUCCAGGACACACACAAUGUGCGUUCUGUGUCUUUUCAUCCCUCAGGGGAUUUUCUUUUGGCAGGAACUGAUCAUCCAAUUCCACAUUUGUAUGAUAUCAAUACCUUUAAAUGUUUUUUACCUGCAAAUAUUCCAGAUAUUGGCAUCAAUGGAGCCAUAAACCAGAUCAGAUAUUCUUGUACGGGAGGCAUGUAUGUUACAGCAUCUAAAGAUGGUGUCAUUCGAUUGUGGGAUGGUGUUACUGCUAAUUGCGUGCGCUCAAUAAUUGGAGCACAUGGAACAACAGAAGUCACAAGUGCAAAUUUUACUAGAGAUCAAAGAUUUGUGCUUUCUUCCGGGAAGGAUUCUACUAUAAAACUUUGGGAAGUUAGCUCUGGAAGGUUAGUUAAACAAUAUCUUGGAGCCACACAUACUCAGUUAAGAUGUCAGGCCAUUUUUAAUGACACGGAAGAAUUUGUUCUCUCAAUGGAUGAAUUGAGCAACGAGAUUGUUACGUGGGAUGCCAUGACAACAGAACAAGUGGCAAAGUGGCCUUCAAAUCAUGCGGGUGUGCCCCGCUGGCUUGAACACUCACCAGUGGAGCCUGCUUUUGUUUCCUGCGGAACCGAUAGGUCAAUUCGGUACUGGAAAGAAAUUGCGUGAUAAUGCGCUCGGGAAUGGCUUGGUUAAGGUUUUUGACGGAACAUUUCAUGUAAAACAAAGGAAUUUCUUCUCAUCGCUUGCUGAAUCAGUCAAUUCAUGUCUUUACCCCUUAAUUAGUUAAUAGUAUAGUGCUUAUUGAUCCAAGCAAGUUAGGCGACUAUUUAAUGAAUCAGUUAUUUUAGUCAGUUAAUGAUUAAGAUAGCCAUGACUAUGUAAUGAAUCAUUAAAAAAAACCUUUUGCACCAUACUGGGAAUGCCAAUAAGUUAUGGCUGGCAACUGGCAUACACUGGAGCCUAGAAUUCAGUUUGAAACCCCAAUUCAGGAUGUAAAAUCAUCGCGAGAUUCUGUAUCAUUCUUAUUAUUAUUAUUUUUUAUCUGUA